UGCUGUCCCAGGAGCCUUCCUCAUCCCCUACAUGCUGAUGGCCGUCUUCGGAGGGGUGCCCCUUUUCUACAUGGAGCUGGCUCUGGGGCAAUUCCAUCGGGUCGGAGCCAUACCCAUCUGGAAGAACAUCUGUCCCAUCUUUAAAGGCAUUGGCUUCGCCAUCUGCGUUAUCAACCUGUAUGUGGCCUUCUACUACAACACCAUCAUUGCUUGGGCCCUCUUCUACUUCUGCUCCUCCUUUGCCCGCACCCUGCCCUGGGCCAGCUGCAGCAACCCCUGGAACACCCCCAGCUGCCUCAGUUACUUCGAGGCUGGCAACGUGUCCUGGACCAACCUCUCCAAGUCCCCCGCUGAGGAGUUUUACAUGAGGCACGUCCUGCAGGUGCAGAAUUCACACGGACUGUCUGAUGUGGGCGAGAUCCGUUGGCAGCUGCUGCUCUGCCUCUUCCUGAUCUUCACCACUGUCUACUUCAGCCUCUGGAAAGGGGUCAAGACCUCAGGGAAGGUGGUUUGGGUGACAGCCACCCUGCCCUACAUCGUCCUGCUCAUCCUGCUGAUCCGUGGGGCAACCCUCCCGGGGGCCUGGAAGGGGAUUGUCUUCUACCUACAACCGGACUGGCAGAAGCUGAGGAGUAUGCCCGUGUGGGUGGACGCAGCUGCCCAGGUCUUCUUCUCUCUGGGGCCGGGAUUCGGAGUCCUCCUUGCCUUGGCCAGUUACAACCCGUUCAACAACAACUGUUACCGAGAUGCCAUCGUGACCAGCCUGGUCAACUGCUUCACCAGUUUCCUCUCGGGAUUUGUCAUUUUCACUGUCCUGGGCUAUAUGGCCGAAAUGCGGCACAUGGACGUUGCAGACGUAGCAAAGGACAAAGGGCCCAGCCUCCUCUUCAUUACUUACCCGGAAGCCCUUGCCAACAUGACCGGAUCUUCCUUCUUCGCCAUCCUCUUCUUCCUCAUGAUGGUCACGCUGGGAUUGGACAGCACGUUCGGGGGCCUGGAAGCCGUGAUCACUGCCCUGAUGGACGAGUAUCCCCAAGUGCUGGGCGAGCACCGUCAGCUGUUCGUGCUGGGACUCAUCACCCUCUGCUUCCUGGGCUCCCUGGCCACGCUGACCAAUGGAGGCCCCUACAUUGUGAAACUCCUGGAAGAGUUUGGGGCUGGUUGCUCCAUCUUAGCUGUGGUGUUCCUGGAAGCCAUUGCCGUCUCCUGGUUCUACGGAAUGCAGCAGUUCUGCAGCGACGUGAAGGCCAUGCUGGGCUUUGGGCCAGGGCUGUACUGGCAAGUGUGCUGGAGAGUGGUCAGUCCGGCCACCUUAGCGUUCAUUCUCAUCAGCUCCCUCCUGGACCAGCCCCCCCUCGUGCUCUUUGACUACGAGUAUCCUGUGUGGAGCAUCAGGCUGGGACACCUGAUUGGGGUCUCCUCCUUCCUUUGCAUUCCCAUCUACAUGGUCUACAAGCUGGUCUGGACCCCCGGAUCUCUGAAGCAGCGCCUUGCCCUGUGUCUUCGGCCAGAGAAGAUUGCCCGGGAGCUGACCCUCGAGAUGGUGGACGUGCCAGCCCCCCUUUAAUUCUUGGAGAGCUACCCCCAAAACACAGGCUGUUCUUUGCUGAGCACCCCAAAAGAACACCUGGUUCCAGGCAACCUCCAAGCACAGCUGUAUGGGCUGACCCCUCCCAAGUCAACUCUCCAGCAGCCCCUUUUCCUGGAAUUGCUGGCUCCCUCCCCCACCCCUCCUCCAGGUUUCUUCUGCACAGCAGGGCUUUUGAUCCUGGGUGCGGAGGCUCCGAAGGCCUCAGCCUUCCGACUGUUGUGGGGAGGGGGACCAAUUCGCUCGCGGCCUCUGCUCCGAAGGCGUUUCUGGCGGGGCUGCCUCUUUCCCAGAAGGGCUCCGAGACCAGCCAGCGAGCCGUCCCGACUCCUGCUUCUCUCCAGGCGCCCCAAAACGAGCGGCGAGGAAACCGUGUCUUUGCUGGGUUGGGUCACCCUGCUCGCUUCUCACCCCUCCCCCCGCCGUUUCCCCCACGGAAGCCCGGGAUGAGCCCAAUAAAAAUGCCGUCCGCCUAAUAAUGCAUCACGCUAAGGACUCACGAAGUCCUUCCCCCCCCAAGGCUGCGGCCACGAGGCUCGGCUGCACGGCGUCGGCCGGCGGCUUGUGGGGGGAGGGGGACCUCGUGGCAGCCCCGCCCAUUCCGUGCGGGGGAGGGCGCUCUGCACAUGUUCAGAGGCCCUUGGACCGGGAUUGCGAGCGCCUCUCUUGGCCCUGCGCUGUCGCGAGGAUGCC